AACCGACUACAGAAGAUUGGGUGGAAAUAUCAAAUAUAUUUUAUACUAAAACUAAUUUUCCAAAUUGUCUAGGAGCAAUAGACGGCAAACAUAUAAGGUGUAGAAAUCCUAACAACUCCGGUUCGUUCUAUUUUAAUUAUAAGAAGUAUUUCUCUAUCGUUUUGAUGGCAAUAGUUGAUACAAAUUUGAAUUUCGUUGUAAUCGAUGUGGGUUCAUAUGGUCGUGAAGGGGACUCCAAUGUGUUCAAGGAGUGUGCAUUUGGUAAACAAUUAUAUGAAGGUAAAUUGAACAUACCAGAACCAGUUACUUUACCAAAUACAAGUACCAACCCACAACCGUAUGUGUUUAUUGGAGAUGAAGCGUUUGCUUUACAUUCAAAUUUACUUAGACCGUACCCUGGACGUAACCUUACUGAUUCCCGAAGAGUGUUCAACUACCGAUUAUCCAGAGCAAGGCGCACAGUUGAAUGUGCAUUUGGAGUACUCGCGAAUAAAUGGCGUGUUUUACAUACGGCUAUCCAGGUGGAGCCAGAUUUUACGGAUGACAUUAUAAAAGCAUGUUGCAUACUGCACAACUUCGUUCGUAAAAGAGAUGGUAUAAAUUAUGAAGAUUCUGAAACGCACAACUUAGAAGAUAUUGAAGCUCGUGGAACAGGGACUCGUUCGCAUGGAGUUGAAGUGAGGGAUUACUUUGCCAACUACUUUAUGGGCCCAGGAGCAGUAGAUUUUCAAUAUGACAUGAUUUGAUUUUUAAAUAAAAAUACCUAUAAGUUUUAGAAUAAAAUUAUUUUUAAAUUUAAAAAUAUUUUAUUAAAUGUAUUCAAUAAUGUAAUUUUUAUCUACAUGGUAUAAUAAUUAAUAAUAUAAUAAUUUUAAACCGUAUAUAAUAAAUAUAAAAUAUAACUUAGAAUACUUACCUUUACUUUCUUUUGCAUGUACUUCAAGCUCACUCCAAUCUUCAAACAUGUACUCACCAAUCGUGUUCCAACUUUUUUGUUUUAUAUGCUUAUCCAUAUAAUCUUUGGAUCCAAUUUCCCAUAUGGAAGGGUUAUUUUGUAUACAUGAUAUAAAUUUAUCAGUAUCAAAAACCAUUUUUCAAAAUAUAAAUAUUUAAAAAAUAUGUCUAGGUAAAAUAAAUAAUAAAAUAUUGAAAAAACGCAGCGGCCAAAACGCACAGUGUGGCAUACACGAUUUAAAAUAAUGUGUUUUGAUGACAUGUCCUGCCGAUUCGUUUCCCGCCCGACCGCAACAUGUUGCGGUCGGUCAGCGGCAGGAAUCGACCGGUCCCGACAAAACGUUCUAAUGUGGCACCUAUGAUAAGAAACUAUGCAAGUUGUUGUUCCGGUCGACCGGAUGCGUUUUACCCGGACCCGCCAAAACGCAUGGUGUGGCGG